AGAUCAGCCAUGGAUCCCAAUUUCGAGGACCAGAGCAAGCUUCCGGAGCUUAAAUUAGAUGCCAAGCAAUCUCAAGGGUUUCUGUCAUUCUUCAAAACCCUCUCCCAUGACCCAAGAGCUAUCCGGUUGUUUGAUCGUCGGGACUACUAUACUGCUCAUGGUGAAAAUGCUACUUUCAUUGCAAAGACCUAUUAUCGUACCACCACUGCUCUCCGACAACUGGGUAAUGGAUCUGAUAGCCUUUCCAGUGUGAGUGUUAGUAAAAACAUGUUUGAAACAAUUGCCCGUGAUCUUCUACUGGAAAGAACAGAUCAUACUCUUGAGAUUUAUGAGGGUAGUGGCUCGAGUUGGAGACUAGUGAAAAGUGGAACGCCUGGAAAUCUUGGAAGUUUUGAAGACAUUUUAUUUGCAAACAAUGAGAUGCAGGAUACCCCAGUGGUUGUUGCACUGUUACCCAACUUCCGUGAAAAUGGUUGCACAGUGGGGUUAGGAUAUGUUGAUCUAACUAAACGGUCUCUUGGGAUAGCUGAAUUUCUUGAUGAUAGCCACUUUACAAAUUUGGAAUCAGCUUUAGUUGCACUUGGUUGCAAGGAAUGCCUUUUGCCCAUAGAGAGUGGAAAAACUGGUGAAAUCAGAGCUUUACAUGAUGCAUUGACUCGAUGUGGUGUGAUGUUAACUGAGAGGAAAAAGAGUGAAUUUAAGAUGAGGGAUUUGGUUCAGGAUCUCAGUCGGCUUGUCAAAGGAUCUAUUGAACCAGUUCGAGAUUUAGUUUCUGGAUUUGAGUUUGCGCCUGGUGCAUUGGGGGCAUUACUCUCUUAUGCAGAACUACUUGCUGAUGAGAGUAAUUAUGGAAACUAUAACAUCCAAAGAUAUAACCUUGAUAACUAUAUGAGGUUGGAUUCUGCUGCUAUGAGGGCACUUAAUAUCCUGGAAAGCAAAACUGAUGCAAACAAAAAUUUCAGCUUAUUUGGUCUUUUGAACAGAACCUGUACUGCUGGAAUGGGUAAACGAUUACUGCACAUGUGGCUAAAACAGCCUUUAUUAGAUGUGGAGGAAAUCAAUUCCAGGUUAGAUUUGGUACAAGCAUUUGUGGAGGAUCCUGCACUUCGCCAAGAUUUGAGGCAGCAUCUGAAACGUAUCUCAGACAUCGAACGACUGGUGCACAAUCUGGAAAAGAAAAGAGCUGGUUUGCAGCAUGUUGUUAAGCUUUAUCAGUCAUGUAUAAGGCUUCCAUACAUCAAAAGUGCGUUAGAGCGAUAUGAUGGAGAGUUUUCCUCUCUGAUCAAGGAAAAAUAUUUGGAUCCCCUUGAAUUGUGGACUGAUGAUGGCCACUUAAAUAAGUUCCUUGCUCUAGUGGAAGCUGCUGUUGACCUUGAUCAACUCGAGAAUGGAGAGUACUUGAUAGCAUCUAGUUAUGAUUCUGCUCUUUCUGCACUAAAGAAUGAGCAAGAGUCGCUGGCUCAGCAGAUACACAAUUUGCAUAAACAAACUGCUAAGGAUCUUGAUCUCUCUAUAGAUAAGGCAUUAAAGUUAGACAAAGGCACACAAUUCGGACAUGUCUUCAGAAUCACAAAGAAGGAAGAGCCAAAAAUAAGGAAAAAGCUUACAACACAAUUCAUUGUCCUGGAAACCCGAAAAGAUGGAGUGAAAUUUACUAAUACCAAGCUUAAAAAGUUGGGGGAUCAAUAUCAGAGAAUACUGGAAGAGUACAAAAGUUGUCAGAAAGAACUGGUCAGCCGAGUUGUUCACACUGUAUCUACUUUCUCAGAGGUGUUCUGUUCUGUAGCUGGCGCGCUUUCUGAAUUGGACGUCUUACUUAGUUUUGCUGAUUUGGCUUCUAGUUGUCCUACUCCUUAUACUAGGCCACACAUCACUCCAUCGGACGUGGGGGAUAUCAUACUAGAAGGGAGUAGACAUCCUUGUGUGGAGGCUCAGGACUGGGUCAAUUUUAUACCUAAUGAUUGUAAACUUGUAAGAGGAAAGAGUUGGUUCCAAAUCAUUACAGGGCCUAAUAUGGGUGGAAAAUCCACAUUUAUCCGGCAGGUUGGUGUGAUUAUUCUAAUGGCACAAGUUGGUUCUUUUGUUCCUUGUGAGAAAGCUAGCAUUUCUAUUCGUGAUUGCAUUUUUGCUCGAGUGGGUGCUGGUGAUUGCCAACUACGUGGAGUCUCUACCUUUAUGCAAGAAAUGCUUGAGACUGCAUCUAUACUGAAAGGAUCUACAGAUAAGUCACUGAUAAUCAUUGAUGAGUUAGGCCGAGGGACAUCAACUUAUGAUGGAUUUGGUUUGGCUUGGGCCAUUUGUGAGCACCUUGUUGAAGUGAUAAAUGCACCGACUUUGUUUGCGACCCACUUUCAUGAAUUGACCGCAUUAGCUCAAGAAAAUGCUGUUCAUGAGCCUAAUAUGAAGCAAGUUGCUGGUGUUGCAAACUAUCAUGUUAGUGCACAUAUUGACUCGUCAAGCCGCAAGUUGACUAUGCUGUACAAGGUCGAGCCAGGGGCAUGUGAUCAAAGUUUUGGUAUCCAGGUUGCAGAAUUUGCAAACUUUCCUGAAAGUGUUGUCUCCCUUGCUAGAGAAAAGGCUGCUGAAUUGGAGGAUUUCUCUCCUACUGCUAUCAUUCCAAAUGAUCCUAGAGAAGAGGUUGGUUCCAAGCGCAAGAGAGAAUAUGAUUCUGAUGACAUGUCCAGAGGAGCUGCUCUUGCGCGCAAGUUUCUAAAGGAGUUCUCUGAAAUGCCAUUAGAUACAAUGGAUGUACAGCAGGCUUUGCAAAUAGUUAACAAGAUGAAGGAUGACUUGCAAACGGAGGCAGUAAACAGCCAAUGGCUACAACAGUUUUUCUAG